AGGAAGAUCGGAAGUCAAGCCGUAAUAAAGACGACAGUUCAAAAUUGAAGGGUUUAAAACGUUAUUCAUGGAAAUGUGGAAUGCGUCUAACGUACAUCAAGUUUUUUGACGACUGUCGUUCAAUGAAGGCAAAAGAACGUAAACUGGAGAAGCACAUCAAGGAAAUAACUGCAAUUGAAGGUUUGUUCACGCGAUUUACGUCUUCAGGGUUCGUACACGUUAGGGAGAGUAAAAUUCAAGAAAUUUUCUAAGAACUUUCACGGCCAUGUGUGAGAAAUUCAAGGACUAAAGCGCUGAAAAGAAGACGUUAGAAAUAAGUAACAAACGAAGUUGUAUACAGCUAUUUCAAUUAAGGUUGUCCACGAGCAAAGCGGAAAAGUCGAAUACGAGCGUGAAAGGCUGCUGGGAAUCGCUAAUAAAUUCAUUAAUUUUUAGCGAUUCCCAGCAGCCUUUCGCGCUCGAAUUCGACUUUUCCGCUUUGCUCGGGGGACAACCUUAGUUGAAAUAGCUGUAUAACUGUUACAAACGAAGUUGUAUAUAACUGUUUAUAUGUCAGUUUGAAUGAGUUUCAAACAACUUUGUGAAAUAUGAACAAAAUCAAUUGAACAAUGCCCGUCCGUUUUUUGAUGUCAAACAAUUUCAGCAAACACUAAAGCACUUUAUAAAAUUUCAAACUCAUUAAUAAUUCAUGAGUAAAUUAACCAACCAUAUUGCUUUAUUUUGCUCACAUGAUAAUACGGGAUACCUGGGGAAGUAUGUUGAUCCUUUGAAGUAUAUUGAUUGGAUGAAAAUUAAUUCAGUCCUUGAACUGGAACAAAAUUAAAUAGUGAUUAUUCGUAUGAGAUGUCAUUUCCAGUCCUCUGCUUCGCCUGGACUUGAUUUCCGGUCUUGCAUUUUUAGUCCAGUCCUCUGCUUCGCCUCGGACUUGAUCAAAUUGCGCGGACUUGAAAUGUAGUCCAGUCCUCUGCUUCGCCUCGGACUUGAUCAAAUUGCGCGGACUUGAAAUGUAGUCCAGUCCUCUGCUUCGCCUCGGACUUGAUCAAAUUGCGCGGACUUGAAAUGUAGUCCAGUCCUCUGCUUCGCCUCGGACUUGAUCAAAUUGCGCGGACUUGAAAUGUAGUCCAGUCCUCUGCUUCGCCUCGGACUUGAUCAAAUUGCGCGGACUUGAAAUGUAGUCCAGUCCUCUGCUUCGCCUCGGAUUUGAUCAAAUUGCGCGGACUUGAAAUGUAGUCCAGUCCUCUGCUUCGCCUCGGAUUUGAUCAAAUUGCGCGGACUUGAAAUGUAGUUUUCAAAUUCAAGGUUUUUCAUGUUUUGUACGAACCCGGCCUCUUCUAGUUAGCCUGCGCGCAGACUAUAUAAUGACAUAUAUACAUUAUAUAGUCUGCGCGCAGGCUAUCUUCUAGUAGGUUGAACACAAAGAAAGGAGUUUUUCUACGUAGGUUGAGACUAAAUGAAAACGAGUGUCUCAUGAGUCCUUUUACCCUCGUGUCAAACACUAAAAUACUUGGCACGUCAAAUUGCUAUACAUUUGAAAUGAUACAAACUCCGCACCCCUUUCGCCCGAAAUAAUUGACUGGUAUGAAUUCCACAUGCAUGUAACUUAUUGUUUUAAAAGGUCGUAUAACGUUAAAGAAAUGCAAGAAAUAUAAAAUGAGGAAGGAAAGAGCAGACGAGUUAGCUGCACUGGAUGUGAGCAAGAUCAUCGGAACUCCAGGUAUCUCUUGCAAGUGAAUUCACAACACGUGUUUGUUGUCGCCAUUUUGGGUGGCAAAUUACAGAUAGUUACUUAAAAGCAAACAUGGCGUCAAAGCAAGCUGCGGCUGUUGCUUUUGUUUGAGAACUUUGAAGAGUUAUAAUGCUCCACAGCUGUGCAGUGGUUGGUUGAAUAAAAGAUUUUGCCACCCAAAAUGGCGGAUUAUUUUUGAUAUGUCAUACUGCAAGAUCUGAAGUGUCAUUACCAAGGCAAUAUAACCAGCAUGGCGUCUGUAUAUUGUUUAUCUCCUGCACUGAAACCAUUGCGUUUGGUGACAAAACUCUUAAUUUUUAACUGAUACUGAUACUAACUCUUAUAAAUAGCCUGUGUUGAAAAUCUUUACUUUCGCGCAUGUUCUGAAAUCAGUGAUCAUGCCACGACAGAAUACCAACUUAAGAAGCACUUCACAUUAAAAAAAUACAAAACAAUACGAACAUAGUAAUUAACUGGACUUACAUCCAAAGUCCAUUUCCAGCCGACAAUUUGAAAAAUAUUUAGUAAAACAAAUUGCGAAGAAAUGCAUCUUCAAAGCCUUCUUCAGACCAACUGACUACAAUAAUAUAUUUUGUUUGUGGAAACAAAUAUAUAGAGGAUAUUACACAGCGGCGCGAAAAUAUGACUUUUACCUUCGAGUGGUAAAAACAAUAUUUUACGAACGAGUGCAGCGAGUAAAAUAUUGUUUUUAACACGAGAAGAUAAAAGUCAUAUCUUCAAGCCACCCAAUAUAAUGUUCUGUUUAUUAUAUAGUCCCAAUCAAUGUUCUGUUUAUUAUAUAGUCCCAAUCAAUAAUGUUCUGUUUAUUAUAUAGUCCCAAUCAAUAAUGUUCUGUUUAUUAUAUAGUCCCAAUCAAUGUUCUGUUUAUUAUAUAGUCCCAAUCAAUAAUGUUCUGUUUAUUAUAUAGUCCCAAUCAAUAAUGUUCUGUUUAUUAUAUAGUCCCAAUCAAUAAUGUUCUGUUUAUUAUAUAGUCCCAAUCAAUAAUGUUCUGUUUAUUAUAUAGUCCCAAUCAAUGUUCUGUUUAUUAUAUAGUCCUCUAUCUUGGAUGUUUGCAUCUCUUCAGAAUUUACACUUUACCUUAGAUUGAACUCUCUUAUCAUCAUUCAAUCAAUAACGUUCUGUUUAUUAUAUAGUCCAUAUCUUGGAUGUUUGCAUCUCUUCAGAAUUUACACUUUACCUUAGAUUGAACUCUCUUAUCAUCAUUCACCUAACCGUCACUCAAACCCAUAUAGUUAUUAUUAUAUCUAUUUUUCUAUGGUCAAUCCUAGCCAAUACCGUAUGCAUCUCUUAGGGUGAUCGGGAAGAAUUAGAAUUUUUUUCAAACCCAAGAGGUGCAUGCGUAGGAGGCUAAGUCAAUCCGAACAGUACCUAAAACAAUUGUUCAUUUGUUUAGCCAAAGGCAAGAGAGUAACGCGACAAUCAAGCAGUUGUAGUGUUUCCAAGAAAGCUUUCACACCAAGUCCUGCUGGGAAAGGAGUUUUCAACAAUCUUCGUGAUCUUGUUGAUAGUGAAGAAAGUGAAAGUGAAAAACAUGCGAGGAAGACAAAGAAAAUGAUUGUCUUGGAUAGUGAAGAUAGCAGUGAAGGAAAUGUGGCUGAAGAAAAGAAAUAUUCUGCAAGUGAUUCGAGUGAUGUAGAAAAUAAAGAGCAGUUGAAGAAAACUUCACUCGGUGACAUUUCAUCCGAGGAGAUGGAUGAGGAGAGCAUGGACGUUAAAGAAAGGGAGGAUGAAGAUUCAUGCGAGGAACGAGCAACUGGUGAAUGACGUAUUCUGAAUAAAUAUAGCAAACCUUUACAAUAGUAUUCAUGUGUGGAGAGAGAGAGAGGAAUGAUACAUUAUCGAGAGAGAGAUAUAUAAUCACAGUACCUUGGAUCAGUAAACAGGGCCGUACGCAGGAUUUUUUCACCAGGGGGCAGUAAGGCCUAUAUGCCGAAAAAUGUCCCAAAUAUCCAAAGAAUAAUUAACUAAUGACAUUCUAAAAAUCGUAAAUAUAGUUUUCUGUAGGUGGGCAGUUGCCUCCCCCCCUCCCCUCCCCCCCCCCCCUCCGUAAAUAGACACAAUAGAUCGUUCAGUAUAAUACAUUCGUAGACUAUUGACUAUCGGACGACAACAAGACAUUUUUGUAGAUAUCACACUUACUGUGUGAUUUAAAUAGAUACAUGUUAUUUUUGUUUGGCUGACUCAUAUGGAACAUCUCAAACAACGUUACUCAUUUGUACUAAGAAAAUCGUAAAAGAUAUGUUACAUAUUUUUAGAUAUAUUUACAAAUUCUCGUUUAAGUUAAGUUAACUGCUGUCUUCAUAUACCCUACGGUUUACAAUAAUCAAGAACGUCGCCCUGUGCGUGCCGAGCCUUGCCUGGAUCCAGGUUUCGAGCCUGCUGGAGACCCAGGUUGCGAUCCAGGUCGAGAUCCAGGUUUUGAUCGGGAACUGCUGGGUUUAACUUUUGUCCCAGAACUGCUUGCGAUACCUGAACGAGAUGUACCUAUAGAGAGAACAAUACCAUCCUCAGCUGGUGGCCUCCAGUUAACUUCCAGGGACAGGUUGUUGGGUUCGCUUAUAACUCUGGGUUAACGAAACACUU